AAGUAAGCUCUCACCCCACAUCUUCUCUCUGGAAUAUUAUCGUCAUAUGGCAAUGUUUGCAAACUAGAGUAAAGAGUAAUUUCUUUUUUUUCUUUUUUUUUUUUUUCCUGUAAAAGGCUUAAAACUGACCUGGGUUAUUGACACAAAGCUCUGCUGCCGUCUGAGUCUGUCAGCUUUGUGACACAGUUUACAUUCACUUGUGAGUUGGCUCUAUGUGGGAAAGGUCUUUAGUUUCUCAGAAGCAUAUUAAUAUGUGCGUUCUUAAUCCGUCACAUAUCCACUGGCCUAUUCUAAACAUUUAAAUGUGUGGUCCAGUUGGAAGCUGUGUGUUUAAGACUUUUGUCUUUUGACAGUAGGGUGGUAAUAUCAGAUGCUCAGAAGUCUUUGUAGACAUUUUACUCUUUUAUAAAGACUGUUAAAAAUGCCUUGAUUCAUGUAAAAUACUUUUAUUCCACACAUGUCACCAUGAAACCUUUGUGAUUAACUGUUUUUAGAUACCUGGGAAUACAUGUCAAAGUAUAGUGAAGCCCAAAAUUAUUCAUACUCUUAGCAGUAUUUAAAGUAAGAAACGUAUAGGAAAUGUAAAAGACAGCCCUUUAGCAUAAAUACAGUAUGGACAAGGAUGUAAAUUUGAUUUUUAAAAAAUGUUUUUGUUUCAACAUAAUAAUUUAUAUCCUUUUUAAUAAUCAAUGUUUAUUGGCAGUGCCGUGACAACAGCUUCUUCUUCUAUUAGCCAUACUAUUCCAUGGUUUUUGCAAUUAAUUUGUCAGCGAUCAAGACCAAAGCCAACUAAUCUAGUUGUACUUUCAUUAACAUUUAAAACUUGGCAUCAGCGUGCAAGUAAGGAUCUCAUGAAGACAUCCAAAGGUGAAUAAAUGCUGGUAACAAAGGCGGUGUGUUGAGGUAUUCCCAGUUUACAGUUUGGACACUGUGCCUUGUAAGGUCAGAGUUCAGUUCCCAAAGAAAUAUGAUGCUACAUUCUGACUUCAGACUAAAUGAAGGCACUCAUCUGUUUAGUUAUGGUGGUUUAGAAGUAGCCGGAGCUGAUGGAUUAAAGGUGGCUUUUGGAGUUUGUUUUCUCUUUUUCUAACUUAAAUGGGCGUUCUUCUCUGUUGAUCUCUAUGAAAUGCUGACCAUAGUCACCCCUGACCUGUCUGAACAUUUCGCUUUUAGGUGUGAUCCUGCUGGGAGGAGCUGAUUCCUCUCAUCACACACCCUUUCCUGUGAGCUCCAACCCAACCCUACACACCCUUCUUUAUGUAGUCACCUAUUGUUCUUCUGGCGUUCAUGUGCCAUUUCUCACCUGGACAUCAAGGCUCCACGUCUCUCUCCUGACAAAAUAACAAGAAAAUAUGAUUCAAUGAGAAUUUGGGUUAGAUUGUUUUAUGAAACACAUUGUAUUUAAAAAAAAAAUAAAAAAACUCCUGUGCUACAUAUCAAGAAAGUUCUUAAUUUAAUGUCUAGGCUCAUCCUUUAAAACACUUUAGCUAUUUCAAACUUAAAUUUCUCCUGCUCAUUCAUGCUCACUCACACAUGCAAAGCAGUUGACUUUCUCACCUCAUCUGAUCAUAUGCUCCGAUCCAAUAAUCUGCGCUGAAUAAACAGAAAGGCAUUCACACCUUCUGUUUACCAGCAUGCUCACAUAAGUGUUGCUCACACUCUCACUUGCAGAUUUGUUGAAGAGGAUAAACUGCUGGACAGCCGCCCGUCUGGCAGAGCAAUGCUACAGUGACGAGACGGCGUCCGCAUCAAUAUGUGUCUGAAUGUGCUUUUACCUUGGUCGCCUCACUUUUUUUUUCUUUUUUUCUUGUUGCUUUGAGCUGUAACUCUGUCAGUUUUACUUCAGGGUUUUUGAAGUAAAACGUGGAGUGGUUGGAGCUCCGACUUUCAGACAAAAACGACUCCAAGAGAGGAAACCUUUUUUUUAUCCACACCAGAGGCCAUGUCUGCAGCUCAAGUUUCGGUGCUGAUAUUUCUGCUGAAUUAUGUCGGCUCCUCUCACGGGAUAACCGCUCAAGCUGGAUUCAAAUCAAGCCCAGAAAACCAGGCUGGUUCCUCUGAGCCGAGCGUGAGAACUUUCCCUGCUUCACACACACGUGAUGGUCACACGAAAGCUUUACUAGAAACCCAGAAUAUUGUGGAAACAACGCCCAUAAUCUCAACCAGCAGAGUUGAAGACAAACCAGACAUUGAAAGAUGCAAAGAUUAUGAAGACAGGAAUCCUGAACCACAUCCUGUGUCCUUGACUGAGGAGGAGCUUUUUAAAUCUGAUGUGGAGAGCCAGGGGAGUCGGCGGAGCUCUGAAGACAUGACCAGGAGUCCGACUCCAGGGAAACCUCAGUAUGAGCUUCUUGCAGCCGAUGGCAGCUUCACAAGUGAUAUUGUGUCUGUCACAGACACUGCUGAGGCGACUCUCUCAGGCCCUAAUAUUCAAUCUGAGAAUCCCACAGAAACAAUCAUGACAGAAGCUUUUUCUAACAGACCGCAUGUUGCUCCCUCUCCUACUUCUGUUCCCACCUCUGAAUCAGGCCCUCUUGUCUCCAGCUCACUUCCCUCAUAUAAGGGUGGAGGAGAAAUGAAGGAAGUAAGAAAGAAAUCACCAUCAUCAGUCAUCAUAUGGCCACUUUUUGCAGGCACGACCUCAUCCCCAGAAGACUGCAGAGUAAAACACGAGCAGGAACAAAAAGAAAAGGCAGAAUCAGAGGAUUUAUCUGCACCUCAGAAAGAUCCAGCUUCAAACCUGACCCUCAUUACUAGCAGAAUAAUAAAGGGAGAAGAACUGAACACUACUGGCUUUGACGCUAAUAAUACGUCGGCCAGUGAGACAAGGGAAAAAGUAAAAAUGGGUAAACAUCUAGAAGCUGUUUCUCCUAAAGUGAAUGUGACACAACUUCCGCAAGCAGGAGGAAAUGAAAGUGCAGAUGCAGAUUACGGUGACGAAGAGUUAAAGAGGGAGGCGAAAGAUUUGAAACAUCCAACAAUGGAAGCUGCGGUGUUUGACAAUGAGGAAGUCAAACCUCACCAUCAUUCCUCAUCAGAUUUAAUCGUUCAGUUUAAUUCUGGAGUCCAAUCCCAGACUGAAACACAACAGACUGUUCAAGCAGCCAAUCAGGCCUCAGAUGUCAAAUCCAGACAAGUACAGGCAAAACCCAGACAAGGAACCAGAGGACAAAGGGGACAGCAGGGUCCACCAGGACCACCAGGGCUGCCGGGAACGAUAGGAGACAAAGGCUACCAAGGCGUCAUGGGCAGGACCGGGCAGACAGGAUACAGAGGCCCUGUUGGGCCACCUGGGAUGUCCGCCAUUGUUGUGUUCAAAACCUCUGAAGAAGAGUGGGAGGCUUUCAAGGUGUGCAUAAUUGCUCUCACUGGGGUUUACUGGAUUCCCAGAGUCUGUUCUUGA